AUGAUACGAAGCUUAUUAUUAAUAAUUGGAGUUUAUUUAUUGAAAAACACAUCGGCUUUUAGUAAUAACUAUUACAAUGAUUCAUUUGAUGAAGAAUUGUUUAUAAAACCACUGCCAAGUGGUCAUGUGUACGCUUAUUUCCAAUUUACAACUCUGUGGCAUAUACCAAAAGACCCAGACUAUCUCCAUCAUUCACAUUUGUUUCCAAGAGGUCUCGCAGUGUUGAUAGCUCGACACAAUGUUGAUGAAUUGCAUAUAAGUUUGACUUCUGGACUGUGGAAGUAUCAAAAAUGGGGAUAUCCAGUUUACGAUGCUGGUUCUGGUGCUGAAAUAUGGGCUUGGUUCAAUGAAAAUGUUCAAGAUGUUAAUGAAUCUUGGAAAGGCCUAACUAACGCAUUGUCAGGAUUAUUAUGUGCUUCACUCAACUUUGUUGAUCCAUCAAAUAGUUUGUCACCAGAAUACAGUUUCAGACCGACUGGUGUACAUGAAAAAUCACUUAAUUCUAGUCACUUGAGAUAUUCAUCGCUACCUCGUGAAAUAGUUUGUACUGAAAAUCUGACACCAUUUAAAAAACUCUUGCCUUGUGACUCUAAGAAGGGUCUGGCGACAUUAUUGAACUCAGCAUACAUCCACAAUACAAACUACCAUUCAAUAGGUAUUCAUUUUCGUACCGUCUGUCGUAAUCCAUCAUGCACGUUGUCAUCUUUAGAGCUACGUCAAACAAUCUCCCUAGUCUACGACGCGAUGGCCGACGAAAAUCAAGAUUGGUCGCUGAGAAAACUCUUUGGCAUGGGUCUCCAGGGGGUUUGUCCUCUAGCGACUUUAAGUAAUAUUUAUAUAGAUACAGGGACUAAUCAAACUGUACAUACUUAUCAAUUGUCACCUCCACCCACUGCCACGAUACUUAGUCUUCGAGGUGGACAGCAAGAUAAAAUAGCUGUCUACGAUAACAGAGUUCAUACUUCCAAGGGGAUUUUUAAUAUCGCCGCUGUACAUAAAAAAUUACGAACUAAUUUUAUUAAUUAUCCCUCAAUAUUAUCUGCUAAUAGAUAUAUUAUUGGGUAUGGUCAAGAAAAAGGUAGUCUUGUCACAAAAUUAUUUAAUAACCAUUGGCAAUCUAUUGAUGUAAUUUUACUUGAGAAUAUUCCUUGGUAUUUAUCUGUUUAUUUACAUACAAUGAAAAUUACUCAAGGCAACGAAGUUAUUAAACCUUUACUUCUUCGAUACUUACCUGGUCGAGAACGUCAACAGCCAUAUUACUUAGAACUAAUAAUCCGAUUGCCACCUCAUUCGAUAACUAAAUUUUCAAUAGAAAUGGAGUAUCUAUUUUUAAAAUGGCAAGAAUAUCCGCCGGACGCGAAUCAUGGUUUUUAUAUGGGUCCAGCAAUAAUUACGGCAUUGUUACCAAUUGCGCGAAAUUAUACAGGAUUACCUAUCGAUGGAAGUACGAUUACAUCGAGCUUCAAUGCAUCACGAAAUGGUUAUUUAGUUCAAUUGCGGACAGAAACAAUAUUAAUUAGCUUGCCAACUCCGGAUUUCAGUAUGCCUUACAAUGUAAUUUGUUUAGCGUGUACCGCUGUUGCACUGGCAUUUGGUCCACUGCACAAUAUUUCAACUAAGAGACUGGUUUUGAAAGAUAAUACUAAAGAGGGAUGGAAAGAUAAAAUUACCAAAGCAAUUAAAUCAUUCUUCUCAAAACGCAAAUCUGAAGAAAAAGAAAAAGAAGAAUAA